AUGACAGCUCCAGAAACAGCCGACGGCACAGCCGGCCUCAGAAACCGCCGGCGCUCCUCGUCCUCCCACGACGCCACAACCCUCCUUUCAGCGGUAGAAUCCUCCGCCGCCGCCCUCGAACGCAAAGUCGAAAAGGCCCUCCUCGUCCUCUGGGACGACCUGCCCGCCUGGCGCCGCGACAACCAAUUCAUCAUCACCGGCUAUCGCCCAGACUCCAACUCGUACCGCGCCUCCUUCCGCUCUUUGGGGUACCUGCACAACGAGUCCGUCAACAUCUGGUCCCACCUCCUCGGCGCCGUCGCCUUCGUGAUUACCGGCGCGGUCCUGUAUGCCGUUAUCGCGCCGCGCUACGAGUCGGCGAGCGAUGCCGACAUGAUCGUCUUUGGGUGCUUUUUCGCCGGCGCGGUUGCGUGUUUGGGCAUGAGUGCCACGUACCACGCCAUGAGCAACCAUUCGCCCGAGGUCGCAAAGUGGGGGAAUAAGCUGGAUUAUUCGGGGAUUGUGUUUCUUAUUGUGGGCAGUUAUGUGCCGGCCAUGUAUUACGGCUUUUAUUGCCAUCCUGCGUUGCUCAAGUUUUACCUCACAACGAUCUGCCUCCUAGGCCUAGGCUGCGGCGCAGUCUCCUGGAUCGAAUUCUUCCGCGCCCCGGAAUGGCGCACCUUCCGCGCCUGCAUGUUCACCGCCCUCGGCACCUCGGGCGUCGUCCCCGUCCUCCACGGCCUGACAAUCUACGGCCGCCAGGAGAUGGAGGACCGCAUGAGCCUCAGCUGGGUCGUCCUGCACGGCCUCAUGUACAUCUUUGGCGCUUUUCUAUAUGCGUUCCGCUGGCCGGAGCGCUCGUUCCCGCGCACGUUUGAUAUUUGGGGCAGCUCGCACCAGAUUUUUCACUUUUUCGUGGUGAUGGCCGCCGUGACGCAUUUAUAUGGCAUGGCUAAGGCUUUUGAUUAUCAUCAUACUGUUACAGGGGGCAAGUGUUUCUGA